AUGUUUGAAAAACCAUCAACAAACAUACCAUCAAAAUUUGUGGAAGUUGCUGCUGGUAAAGAAGUUUGUGAGGAUGGUUGUGAUGAUGUGGUGGAGCAAAUUGAAGUUGAGGCAAACAAGUGGCACAAUUGUGACAUCAAUGUGCCUCAACAGCUGAUUCAUAAUGUUCCUUUAGGAAAGGGAAAUAUAAGAGUCUCUGUUAAUUAUGCCCUAAAAGGAGCUUCUCCACUACCGAUACCAAUGAAAGGAGUGUUGAAUACUGUUGAGGAUGCUGUUAGGUCUCAAGUAGCUUGGCCAGAGGAUCUUAUAGUUUCUAUAGACGAUAUAGUGGAGAAGAAAAAGAAAACUACAAAGGAAAAAUUAGCCAAGUCAUUAUUACAGGCUAACCUGGAAACAGUACCAAAGUCAUGCAAGAUUUUAUACGGCUUUGCACAGAAACUGAUGUCCCAAGGUCAGACUCUCGCUUCAUAUAUUGAUGAGGACAUAUUUGGGGUAGAAAAGAUGACAUACGCCCUAAAAGAAGAUGUUAUCAGCUUCAUUCAAAUGAAUGAAAUAGGACAAGCUGUAAUAACCGCUUACAUUAGGGGUCAUUGGAUCCUUACAAUCAUUGACGAAGAGAAAGACAAUGUGUAUAUCAUGGCUCCUCUUGGGGCUCGUCACCCUCAUGAUGUGUGGAAACGUAUUGUAAACGCGUAA